AUGCUGCAUAAUUGCAGCGCCAUCUACCUACAUUCUCAUGCAUUCAUUCACACAUCUGAUAAUGAAUCACUAUCGACAAUUGUAUCGAUACUUGGUCAUCAAAAAGUAAGAAAAAAGCUCAGAGAAAAUUUAUUUGUAUCGUUGGUUUUAGUGGCAACUGCUAGUGAUUUUCAACGUUUACAUAAUACAAUAUCUACUAACCUAGCAAAGAUUAAUAGUCAUACAAAUGAUAUUGAAAGACUCGUGGAAAAAUUAGGUACACAGGAAGAUAGUGAACCAUUACAAGAACGUUAUUUUCGUUUGCAAAAUGAAACAAAAUUAUUAAUGCAAGAGACAAAUCAUGCUCUUCAACAACUUCAGAGUAUUCCUAUAGGGACUGCGGCUGAUCAGAGACGUAGAAAAAAUUUAGCUGAAACUUUGCCAAAACAAUAUUUAGCAGUAUUGAACCGUUAUCAAAAAGCACAACGUGCGGGUGCAAAAAAAGAAAAAGAAAGUCUUGAACAUGCCCGAGCUGUUACGUAUCGACAACAAAAUGUACAUGAAUCACAUACUACCGAUAUAUUUGAUCCUUUGAAUACCCAACUUCAACAACAAUCUGUUUUAUCUGCCGAACAAGAAGUUGAUUUAAGAGGUUUAAGCGAACGUGGUGAACAGCUACGUCAAAUUGAAACAAAUAUUGUUGAAGUGAAUGAAUUAUUUAAAGAUGUUGCUAAAAUGGUUCAUGAACAUGGUGAAAUAAUUGGUGAGCUUUUUAAUCCAUUAUCACUAAAUUAA